AUCGUCGCCAUCAUCUCGUCAGUACUCAAGUGCUGGUUUUUUUUUCAUUGACCACGCGUACAAACAUAAAUAUAGAAGGUAGCUUGCAUCUCCAAUCCAUUUUUGCAUCAAUUGGGAAAGAUUUCCCUUGAAUCUCUGAUCUCAGAACGAAAAUGGGGGAGGAGGAGAUGGAGAGGGCAGGGAGAAGGCACGCUGCAUAUAUAUAGUAUCUAUCUCUCCUGUACAAUUAUACUCCUCAGAUCACCAUUUCAAAGUCCAUCUCCGACUUGGGUUAAUUGUGCACCAUGCUUCCACAGUUCCCUCGCCCUCUUUCCCCAAGGCGUUUCCCGGCCGUUCCCCCACGGCUACCGCCGCCGCUGCAGAUUCCGGAGGUGCAUCACCAUGUGGAGAUGGAGAACGUCAACGGGGGUGGGUCUUUUCGUAGGGGGGCGUUCCGCGUGCCACAAAGGAGGAAUGAAGGCUCGUGGUGGAAGAAGAUCUUCUCCUCCAAAAGGAAGCAGAGGCCGCCUGCCAUUCCCCCUGCAACUCCGGAGGGAGUGAACCUGCCUGAAGAUGAUGAGAGGUUCAAGGAGGUAGAUGAGGCGAGAAAGAAGAUGGUCGACCAAAACAAAAACCUGAGGAGGACCAUGAAGGCACGGCUUGGGCGCCGAGACUACUCCGUCGGGGUUGCCAUGCUGGAUGAAGAUGACCGACUGUCGGCUCUGGGAGGAGGAGGAGGAGGAGGAGGAGGAGGCAGACCCGUCGAUCGGGACGUCACAACUAUUGAGUGGAGAGUCUAUGCCGUUCUCAAAGCUAACAGACAAGUUGAAGAACCACUCGGAGGCUACCGUCUAGACUUCAUUCUCAUGUCCAUAUGGCUGUUUUUCUUGGGGGUGCUGCUUCUCAUGGUUCCACUCGGCAUCGGGGGCGUUGAAGAUUUUGGUUUUGUACCCCCUUCCUCCUUUUCUGAAGCCAGCUUAGCAUCUCGAUCAUUCCCAAUUUCAUCAUCUACACUCAAUCUGUUGCCAAUGUUUUUUUGCUUUCUGCAUGUCAAGAUCUAAGUGCUCCUGCAUUGAUUGUUAGACAUUGCCAUUUUUGCUUACGAGGCAUGUCCAUUGCUAUGAUUAGGACAAGUACUUUCUCGCCUAACCAUAACAAUGGACAUGCCUCGUAAGCAAAAAUGGCAAUGUCUAACAAUCAAUGCAGGAGCACUUA